CCUUCCCACGCCUGCGGGCCGGCCCUCCGCCGUCCACGUCCAAGACGCGAGCGUGGAGAUGGCGGCUCAGAAGAUAAACGAAGGCCUGGAGCACCUCGCCAAGGCCGAGAAAUACUUGAAAACUGGUUUUUUAAAAUGGAAGCCAGAUUAUGACAGUGCUGCCUCUGAAUAUGGAAAAGCAGCUGUUGCUUUUAAAAAUGCCAAACAGUUUGAACAAGCAAAAGAUGCCUGCCUGAGAGAAGCUGUUGCUCAUGAGAAUAAUAGGGCUCUUUUUCAUGCUGCCAAAGCUUAUGAGCAAGCCGGCAUGAUGUUGAAGGAGAUGCAGAAACUCCCAGAGGCUGUUCAGCUGAUUGAGAAAGCCAGCAUGAUGUAUUUAGAAAAUGGCACCCCGGACACAGCAGCGAUGGCAUUGGAGCGAGCUGGAAAGCUUAUAGAAAAUGUAGAUCCAGAAAAGGCUGUACAGUUGUAUCAACAGACAGCUAAUGUGUUUGAAAAUGAGGAACGUUUGCGACAGGCAGUUGAAUUACUAGGAAAAGCCUCCAGACUGCUAGUUCGAGGACGCAGGUUUGAUGAGGCGGCACUCUCUAUUCAGAAAGAAAAAAAUAUAUAUAAAGAAAUUGAAAAUUAUCCAACUUGUUAUAAGAAAACAAUUGCUCAAGUCUUAGUUCAUCUCCACAGAAACGACUAUGUGGCUGCAGAAAGAUGUGUCAGGGAGAGCUACAGCAUUCCAGGGUUCAAUGGUAGUGAAGAUUGUGCUGCACUAGAACAACUUCUUGAAGGAUAUGACCAGCAAGACCAAGAUCAAGUCUCAGAGGUCUGCAACUCACCUCUUUUCAAGUACAUGGACAAUGAUUAUGCGAAGCUUGGCCUGAGUUUGGUGGUUCCAGGAGGGGGAAUAAAGAAGAAAGCAGCAGCAACACCACAGACCAAGCCUGACGGUGCCACUGCCACUGCUGCCGAGGAAGAUGAAGAUGAAUAUGCAGGAGGGCUGUGCUAGGAUCUUGGUUUACAGAAAGAAAGGGAAUGAUGCUGACACACCACUCAUGGACUUCGACUUCUCGCAGGGAAUCCAGACUUCAUUGCAGUCAUGGUUUUGAAUGCUAAUAAAAACAAUUUUUAGUUUCCAUUUCCCUAAAUCA